ACGUCUUGUCUUUACAUUUGUUCCUUUUGUUUUCUACCCAUCUUCAAUUACGAUGAAUUAUGUUUAUUUAUUGUAUUCGUUAUCGGGGAAGUUCUAAUUUGUGACCGAGGUCCCCACUACUUCUAACACAAAGUGGGACGAAUGUCAACACGAAGUAUUACAAAAUGGGGUCGGACAAAAAAAGUCAUGUGUUGUGUUCUCCUCCUUAAAACUCUGUUCCACUUGGCUUCUUGGGCAGGGGAGGAACUAUUGGGAGGUUCUUCCUUACAACUUGUCAUCCAGGCGACGUUGGAGCCACAGAACCAAGAAGUUUGCUGAUGAAUCAACACAAAACUGAGGUUGAAUGGAUCAUGCCAAUUAUCGACACUCUGGAGACGAUGACGAGGACGACGAGCCGUUCCUCCUCUUUGGUGCGGUGCUGACCAAGGUGAAAGAUGCGGUGGACGCCGUGAUCACCCGCACACUGCAGAGAGCCGUGCAGGGUGUGGUGGUGUUCUUCGUGGUGGUGCUGCUCCUCUGGACCGCCGCUUUUUUGUACGGCAGCUUCUAUUACUCUUACAUGCCACUGGCGGCCUAUUCCACACCUGUGCACUACUACUACAGGGCAGACUGCGACUCCCCAAGCUCCUUUGCGUGCUCGUAUCCCUUGGCCAACGUCUCCCUGAUGAGGAACAACAAACCUGUGUUGACAUUUGGCCAGGCCUACCGCAUCCUCCUGCAGCUGGAGAUGCCGGACUCCCACACCAACCACGACAUCGGAAUGUUCAUGAUCAGGACCACCUCCUUCUCUCGGGCGGGGGGCCGAGUGGCGUCGUCUGCUCGCUCGGCAAGACAACUGUUGCCUACCUCCAGCUCUCGCUUUAGUAUGCUGCGCUACCAGUCGGACCUCCUGAGGACCAUCUCCACACUGCUCUUCUUGCCGGCCUUCCUGAGCGGAGUCGCUGAGCAGAAGCAAGUGUUAGAGGUGGAACUCUUCGCAGAAUACACUGAAGACCCCUAUUCCCCCUCAGUCAAAGUCGUCAUUGAGAUUCUGUCCAACAAGGUCCAGAUCUACUCCUCACAGCUCUACAUUCAUGCUUACUUCACUGGUAUAAGGUACUUGCUGUUCAACUACCCAGUCCUCUCUGCCCUGGUGGGUGUGUCGAGUAACUUCGUCUUCCUCGGUGUCCUCCUAGUGUUCAGCUACGUGAGGCUGCUUUUAGGUGUGGAGUGGAGACCAGAACAGGUCCAAGUCAACGGAGCAGACAGGGUAACGUCACACAGCACCCGCAACGGUGAGAAUGACAAUAGUUCAGGCGUUGCAGAGCUACCGGCAGGACAAGCAGCUGGAAGACCGCCAGGAGCACAACAAAUUAGCUAAAGCCUGCGGACAUUUCUUAUUGUGGCCUAUCAUUUUUUGGUAGGAAUUCAAAAUCCAUAUAUAUAUAUAUAUAUAUAUAUAUAUAUAUAUACAUACAUAUAUACAUAUAUAUAGAUUUUCCUCUAUAAAAGGUCUUAUUCCAGGGUGGUUUGUUGAUGCAAAUGUUCACACAUUUGUUUAGUACUCGGGUUGGGAACAAAAAAAUAAAGAAAAGACACAAGCACAAGUUGGUGCGGUUUUCUUUGUGUUAUGUUUGACGUGGGCCCAAGAACAACAAUGCAUAAAGUACGGACUAGAUCGGGCAACUAUCCAGACAUAACUGUAAUAAAACCCCAGGAAAAUUGAA